ACUUUAUUUUUCAUCCCAUCCAUUUGCUCCAUCAAUGGUGUUUCUCAAGCUGGCUGAGUGGAGCUUUACGCAACCCCAAUUACACCCACCACAACGAAUCUCUAAUUUCUUUCUUUCUUUCUGUUCUUCCAUUUCUAUGCAAAAUACCCACUCACCAUCAUUUCCCAUCCCCUGUUCUUUUCUUUUCCACCUCUCUCUCACAACAUCCCUUACAUUUUCACAUGGAUCAACAACACCCUUUCAAUUUCCACAUCAAAAUCAAAUACCCAAUAAGUUUAACCCUCAAUUCUUCCAAUCCAACCUCAUUUUUCUUCCAAUUCAGCUCCGAAGUUUCAAUUGGUAGCUCUAGCAGAAGAAAAACGGGGAAAGGGUUUUUGAGAGUGAUCAUAUGGGUAACAUAGGAAGUAGUAGUGCCAGCAACCGCAGAAGACACGGUGGUGGCGGUGGCGGAAGUGGACGGAGGAUCCAUCCUCCACCUCCUCCUCCGCCGCCGGUGACGCCACAGCCGGAAAUCACAGCCAAUCGGUUCGUGUACCCUGCUGCUGCGACUCCAUAUCAUAACUAUCCCGGUUAUUAUCCGCCGCCGGUGCCUUUGCCGGCACCCUAUGACCACCACCACCGGCCCGCGGCGGUGGAGCCGAUGUGGGGGCGGUAUCCUCCGCCGGCAGCGCCUAUGCCUCCGACGCCGUAUGUGGAGCACCAGAAGGCGGUUACUAUAAAAAAUGAUGUGAACAUCAAGAAGGAAACUUUGAGGAUUGAAGCUGAUGAAGAGAACCCUGGGAAGUUCCUUGUUUCAUUCACAUUUGACGCCACCGUUUCUGGGAGCAUUACUAUACUUUUCUUUGCAAAAGAAGGUGAAGGCUGCAUCCUUACUCCAAUGAAGGAAGAUUCUCUUCCACCUGUGACUGUACAUUUCCAGCAAGGUCUUGGCCAGAAGUUUAGGCAGCCAGCUGGAACUGGUAUUGAUUUUUUGCAAUUUGAGGAGUCCGAGUUAUUGAAAGUGGGAGAGAUGGAUAUCUAUCCUCUAGUAGUUAAGGCAGAUGCAAUGUUGGGCGAUCAUGACGGAUCAAAUGAGACUCCAAAGCAUGGAUCAAAUGAAACUCGAAAUGAAGGAUCUAAUGAAACUCCAAAUGACGGACCUAAUGAAACUCCAGUAACAGGUAUUACAAACUCGCAGAUAACAAAAGCAGUGUUUGAGAAGGAGAAAGGGGAAUUCCAGGUGAAGGUUGUCAAGCAGAUCUUGUGGGUGAAUGGAUUGAGGUAUGAGCUGCAGGAGAUAUAUGGCAUUGGAAAUUCAGUGGAGAGUGAAGUGGAUGGAAAUGACCCAGGAAAAGAAUGUGUUAUUUGUCUGUCAGAGCCCAGGGAUACGACUGUCCUUCCUUGCCGUCACAUGUGCAUGUGUAGUGGAUGUGCGAAGGUUUUGAGGUUCCAGACAAAUAGGUGUCCAAUCUGCAGACAGCCAGUUGAGAGGCUUCUGGAGAUCAAGGUUGGGGCAGAAGCCGAACCUCAGGAGUGAAGAAGAUGAAGAAGACAGUGAUAGUUGACUCAAGCUUCCUGUACAGUCCAAACUCCAAAUUGUGUUAUAUAUAUAUACUUGAUAGUUUGCCUUACUUUCUGGGUUUUUCCCAAUAAUCACCCCAAAAAGGGGGUAAAAAAAUUCUAAAAAAGGAAUCUAUUUAUGACAUAUUCUGUGACAUGGUCAAGCGGCUGGCAUUGCACCUGAGUUUGUAAGCUAAUGCCUCCACCAUGCUUAUUUGAUUUUGGCUUCCCUUCUAAAAUAUAAUUGAAUGCUUUUCUCA